AUGGGCAGCCUCCAAGACCUCCCGCCCCUCCCGACGACCCAGACAGCCGUCAUCACGACGGCCGAGGGCCGGCACGCCGUCGCGCGCGACCGAGCCGUGCCGGCGUGCGGGCCCACCUCGGUCCUGGUCCGCGUGCGCGCCGUGGCGCUCAACCCGACCGACCACAAGACGCCGGCGCGGGUCAAGACGGGCGGGCUGACGGCCGGGUGCGACUUCGCGGGCGAGGUGGUCGCGGUCGGGGCGCGCGCCAACGACGAGCCCGGCGACGCGGCCGCCUGCGCCGGCAUCCCCCGCCGCUGGGCGCCCGGCGACCGCGUCCUCGGCGUCGUCUACGGCAGCAACCCCGGCGCGCCCGCCUGGGGCGCCUUCGCCGAGUACGUCGAGGCCGACCCGGUCAUGCUCUGCCGCCUGCCGGACGGCUGGGACUGGGAGACGGCGGCGUCGGUCGGCGGUAGCGUGCACGGGUCCGUCGCCCUCUGCCUGUUCGGCGAGGGCAAGAUGGGCCUGGACAUGGGCGGCAAGAAAGAUCUCCAGAAGGUGGUGCUCGUGUACGGGGGAAGCACUGCCUGCGGCACCAUGGCGCUGCAAAUUCUCCGGCUGGCUGGAUAUAUCCCCAUCGCAACCUGCUCGGCGCGAAACGCGGGCUUGGUGACGGCGUACGGAGCGGCGGCAACCUUCGACUACAACCUCGAGACGUGCGCGGACGAGAUCAAGGAGUACACCAAGUCGGCGCUGUGGUACGCGCUCGACUGCAUCGGGACGGCCCAGUCGGCGGCGCUGUGCUACGCCGCCCUGGGCCGCGCGGGCGGCCGGUACGUGGCCCUCGAGAAGUACCCGGACAGCGUGGCGGCGCUGCGCAAGGUCGUCAAGCCCACCUGGGUCAUGGGCCCCGUCAUGUUCGGCCGCGACCUCCAGCUCGGCGAGGGCUACAGCCAGCCGGCGGAUCCGUCGGCCCGCGCCUUUGCGCGCAUCUGGUAUCCCCUGGCAGAGGCGCUCCUGGGCUCGGGCGCGCUCAAGAAUCACCCAGUGAAGGUGGUGGCCCCGGAGGGACGAGAGGAAUGGCCCGAGGCCGUCAUACGCGGCCUAGGGGGCCUGCGGGAUGGGAAAGUCAGCGCGCAGAAGCUUACGGUCACGAUAGCGGCCUAG